AGCGCACGCAGUAGAAUCUUGACGUACGUUCGUUUUCUGUUGGUCGUGAGCACGUGACUUGAUUGUGAGCACGUGACUCUGCAGCUUGUUGUGGUAGCAUCUCUUCAAGUGUAACGCAUGGGGGACUCGAAAAAGAGGAAACACUCCAAAGCGUUUUAUGGUAAUUUCAGCAAGAAAUCAAAGUCGAAAAACGUGGGUCAGCUUGACAAUGGAAUGAUAGGAUUUCUUGUGACUUGCAGUGACAGAGAAAAAAUCUGUAUGUCCGAAAUGCUGAACAUUUUAACACGAUAUGCAGAGGAAAUGUACGGAGUUGAGGGACAGGAAGACAGAGUUGUAGACGGUGAAGAAAAGAAAGGAGCAGUAGAUGAUAUCAGCCGAACCCUUGAAAAUGAGCUGGCAGAGUUGAAACGGACACGUGAACGUGGGAGAUUUCAGAUGGUUUGUAGUCUAACCAGAAAUGUGGUGUUCAUUCAAUGCAGUGAAGAGAUCAACCCGGUUGAUUUGACGUACAAAAUACUAACAGAUAUUCAGACGAAAGGAGACCUAAUUGUACGCUAUGCUCAACGCUUGCUACCUGUCUCCCUUGUUUGUCGAGCAUCAAUUGAUGACAUCAAGCGGACAGCUCCUUCUCUAUUAGAGCGACACUUUCAUGGUACUAAGUCAAAGUCAAUGUCUUAUGCUGUUGCAUACAAAGCAAGGAAUAACAGCGAGCUGAAGAGAGAUGAAGUGAUUUCUGUGGUUGCUGCGCUGGUAGAUGGAGAUGGUUCAUUUGGUCACAAAGUGAAUUUGACCUCUCCAGAGUUGGUGGUUGUCGUUGAAGUUGUGAAGAAGCAUUGUUUAAUGAGUGUUGUGAGAGAUUACCAUAAUCUUAAGAAAUAUAACAUGCACAGCAUUGUUGAAGAGAAGACAGAGAAAAAAGAAGAAAAAGCAAGUAAGUAGUUAGAUAUCUAAGUGACAACAAGUUACUUCAUGACAGUGUACACACAAAUGGCAACAGCAGUGAACUAUAUGAACAUCACAAACUAUGUUUACUUACAUGUAUUAGUCAAAUUCUCUCAAUGUAUAAGAAUUUUGUAUUGUUUGAGCGUGACUUGGAGAUCAACAAGGUUACAUACCCACAUAUUAAUUAAAAUAAGCUUUCGCUAAGCAAUUAUGAACAUCAUCAAAACCAGAGCCAUAUAUCUAUAUACGGUUCUGAUCAAAACUGUUGGUCCCUUAUGU